CUACUGCGCGCUCCGCUGUAUGCCACGUACAGGUUUACGUCGACCAGCGGGCAGACUUCCUCAUGUGAGGCUAGGAUUCUGUGUUUGCCAGCCCUGGUUAAAGAUUUUGGCUGACAAGGUCCUGAGAGAAAUACCGACAUAACAGUGGGAUUAAGUCGUCCAAUUACAGAGGUGGGAGCAGUAGACUGUACCAUGAACGGACAACUGGACCUGAGCGGCAAGCUGAUCAUUAAGGCCCAGCUGGGCGAUGACAUCAGACGCAUCCCCAUCCACAAUGAGGACAUCACCUAUGACGAGCUGGUGCUGAUGAUGCAGCGUGUCUUCAGGGGGAAGCUGCAGAGCAACGAUGAGGUCACAAUCAAAUACAAGGACGAGGACGAUGACCUCAUUACUAUUUUUGACAGCUCAGACCUGUCUUUCGCCAUCCAGUGCAGUAGGAUCCUCAAACUCACUCUGUUCGUGAAUGGUCAGCCGAGACCUCUGGAGUCCUGUCAGGUAAAGUACCUGCGUAAGGAGCUCAUUGAGCUCAGGAACAAAAUCAACGGUCUCUUGGAAUGUCUGGAGCCCCCCUCAGAACCUGGCCUGGCUGCCUCUGCACUAGACAGGGACUCGGUGGAUGUAUGUGAGGGGAGGGUGGUGUCAGCGGUGAAGCAGGCCCCGGUCCCAGUCAGUGCGGCCAGCAUGUCGGCCUUCGACCCCCUGAAUAAGCAGGACGAAGUCAACAAGAACGUCAUCUCUGCCUUUGGCCUGAGUGAGAACCAUGUCCCAGCCCCCCCGGGUGUUUCGUCUGUGGAGCGGUCAGAUACUCCAGACAGCAUUGCAUCAUCGUCGUCCGCCGCCCCCCAGCCACAGGCCCCCUACGCAGGGAUGCAGCAGGGACCCCCAGCAGCCCUCGACGGUCAGAUGUACCAGCAGUACCAGUCUCCAGGUGGAUACCCUCCCCAGCAGCCAGCACCGCAGCAGCAGUAUGGCAUGCAGUACCCUGCAGGAUGCAACCCCCAGCCCGGCACCCCUCAGCCUCAACAGCAGCAGUUCCAGAACUACCCUGCCCCCACCUCCCAGGCACCCGCCCCCAGCCAGGGCCCAGCCCCCGGCUUUCAGGGAGGCCAACAACAGGCCGCUCCACCCCAGGGUCCCCAGCAGUACCCCCCAGGGGCCUUCCCUCCCCAAAACUACACCUCCCAGGCCAACCAGCCUGCCAACUACAGCCUACCCCCCUCCCAGUCUGGCCAGGGUUACCAGGCCCGUCCCAGCUACACUCCUCCCCCCGGUAGCAACGUUACCCCCCCCCCUGGGGCGUCCAACCCCUAUGCCCGCAACCGGCCCCCCUUCGGCUCGGGCUAUGCCCAGCCUGGCCCUGGGUACCGGUAAAAGAGAAGGAACGGAAAACAUUAUCCACACUGCUCUGUCUCGACCCCUCCACCACCACACACAAACCCAUGUUAUUGUCUGUGUUCUGUCUUGACCCCACCACCACCACCACACACAAACCCAUGUUAUUGUCUGCUCUGUCUCGACCCCACCACCACACACACAAACCCAUGUUAUUGUCUGCUCUGUCUCGACCCCACCACCACACACACAAACCCAUGUUAUUGUCUGUGUUCUGUCUCGAGCCCUCCAC